AUGGACUGCAGCUGUGCCUCCGACCUGCUCCUCACUGCCCCCCUGCCGGCGCUCUGGACCCCAGGGUUUGCAUUCCCGGACUGGGCCUAUAAAGCCGAGUCCAGCCCCGGCUCGCGGCAGAUCCAGCUCUGGCACUUCAUCCUGGAGCUGCUGCGGCAGGAGCGGUACCGGGAGCUCAUCGCCUGGCAAGGGGACUAUGGGGAGUUCGUCAUCAAGGACCCCGAUGAGGUCGCCAGGCUCUGGGGGGUCAGGAAGUGCAAACCCCACAUGAACUAUGACAAGCUCAGCCGGGCGCUCAGGUACUACUACAACAAGCGCAUCCUCCACAAGACUAAGGGCAAACGUUUCACCUACAAGUUCAACUUCAGCAAAGUGGUUCUGGUCAAUUACCCCCUCCUGGAGCUGGGGGGGGGCCCCCCCCUGCUGCUCAGCACUGCCCCCUUCCCUGGGGGGGGGCCGGGACCCGACUGUGCCCCAUUGACGGCUGAGGCCCUUCAGUCCCUGCUGUGCCCCCCCCGCCCCUCAGACCUCCCGCCCGCUGGGGGGCGCUCUGCUCUGUUCGAGCGGGACAAGCUGCGGCUGGAGGCGGCGCUGGGGCCUGGUAGGGGGCGGGGCUAA